AAAACAAUAUGGUAUCAAGCUGAAGGACCAGAGGAAAAUGAAGGUGCUCCUUAAAACAAGCCCCCAAAUAUCUCAAGAUACUCUAUUUCAAGCCUUUGAAUAAAGUAAAGGGUGAUUGAUCAAUUUAAAGAAUGUCUGGGGAAGAAGAGCCGAUGAAUCCUUAUCCCUCAAAAGAAAGGAGAAGAAGGCGUCACCAUUCUGCUUCUGACGACAAUAAGAAUGCUGCCUCCAGCUCAGGUGCCCUCGUUCCUGGCUCUAGCAAAGACGGAAUCAAUCAGGAAAGGAGAAAAGAAAAUGGGGCUCUUGGAAGUGAUAAAGACUCAAGUAUGCGGAAAAAAAGGGUUGGACGAAGGCAAACACCAGAGCCGGAAUUAUCCGAGGAGAGCAAAGAAAAUGUAACUUUGGGAAGAAGUGAAAGAAGACGUCAAAGAAAACCGCAGAACGCCCAACGGAUUCCUCGCUCUGUUAGUGAGGAGGUGUUGGCAUUAGAGGGAAAGUUUCAACCACAUAUUGAAUCUGAAGUCACCCAAAAAGUAGCCCAAGGAAAGAGAAGUCGCAGAUCAAGGAGGAGAGACCCAGAUAACCCAGAUGAUGCCAGCGAAGAGCCUAUGGGCAUUCCGGAGAACCAGGUCGUUGAUCGCCAGCCUCCUAGACCAAGGAUUCGGAAUACGCAGCCAAAGAAGAAACGAAAGACAAGAAACGCUAUGAUGACGUCAGGAGAUGAAGAAAACUACCAGGGAGACAUGGAUGGAGAAGUUUCUGAGGUUUUUAAGAUCGACAAAGAGGACAUCAUACAAAGUGAUGUCAGCCAGAGCACAGGCAAAAUCGCACCAAUAAAUGCAACCAAUUUGCCAAGUCAGCCACUGGAUUUUUUGUUUAUUGAGAAACGAGAUGGUCAAGGAUUCAUUAAAGAACACAAGGAUAAAAUUGAUCGUGCCAACAUGGAGCAGAACGUAGUAGAUCAUGACGUGUUACAGCUGGAUGAGCGCGAAAUAUCCUCAAUGGAGUUUGCUUUGCAAAUCCAUUCUGCAUUUCGUAUCAUCGCUCUUAUUUGUCAUGGACUUCUAGCAGGUAUUGGGUUGAUACAGUGCGUCUUUGUUUACUCGUUAACUGACAAUGGGUAUGUGAAUUUCUUGGAGAAUUACCAUGGCUUGGCGCAACCAUUCCAAGCACUCUACUAUUUUUUACUGGCUAUCUGCACUGUCUCUGUUUUUGAUAGGUAUGUCAAUAUUGGAAUCGGAUGGAGUCAGUUCUUUCUAGCAUUGCUUUCAAGACCGUCUCGCGCCCUUGCUAUUGUAGGAUAUUUGUUUGCUUUGGUGUUCUCUGUAAGUUUAGCGCAACUUGACGAUAAAAUCAGUUUGUAUAAGGAUGCCAAACAAUUAUGGACAUCGACCAGUCAGAUAUCGACUUGGCGUGUUAUCAAUUUAGUGCGGGCAAUUGGUGCUGUCCUGGGCUGGAUAUCAAUUUCGUUAAACCCUCUGGAUGAUCUAGCAACCAAAAAUAUCAACGCAAUCAUAGAACAUGAAAAAGAUGAAAUAAGAAACAAUAUCAAAUCAAAGUCUGGAACCUUGGCUAGCUGGGAACAACAAGGUGUUGCUUAAAACUUGAGCUGUAGAUUUAUAGAUGAGGGUUAGCCUGUUGUUGGUACAGAUUCUGUGAGAUCGUAUCGAUCCUUUGGAAUAUCAUUUGGGGCAUGCUUUGUCUUCAGUUUGGCUACUUUUGUAUGGAAUCUUGUAUCAAGUUUAAUCUUUAAAUAAUGUCUAUCUAUCUAUACCGUUUCGCGCGCUGUGUUGUUACCUAUCUCCGCGAGACACACCUAGACUAUCAACAAAGAGUAUAAAAUAGUGACAUAAAGUUGUUUAAUUGUAUUAUGAUUUGUGGCAUUUUUGCACAUUUGUUUUAUCAAAAAGACGCGGGAUUUGGGACUAAGAACGCGAUUUGCUUCGUGGGAAUUAAAUAUACUUUCCUUGCUUAGCAUGACAACACGAGAUGUUUUCAUUCAAAAACUGACAUCUCAUAAGCCGAACUUGUAGUAGGUCGCUUCCAUUUCGGUAAUAGUUUUUCCUAUCCCUUCAUGGACUUGUUUUUUGAAUUUUCAGAACAGGUUACGAAACGUUUGUUUAGUCUAAAGGCCACAUUGUAUCAUUGAGUGCCCGAGGAAAUCAAUACGCAAAAUUUCCCCAUAUUUUUCGUGUAUUCGGUAUAUACAAUGCCUGCCAAAAGUCCUUGGAAUACCUUGAGAUUUCUGUGAAUUCACGUGUCGCAUCGCAUGCUAUUUUCAUGUCAACAAGGAGGGUGUUGCCCCCCUUCCCCUCAUACAAUGUUGAUUAGUUAGCUGAAAGCCAUAGCUUUGUAAAAAUGUAUCACUUGUACAUGUAGGAUUAUUAACAUUUCCGUGGCACAACAUUGUAUAAGGGGAGAGGGGAUGUUGCAGCUCAUGUACAACGUAAAUUAUGGUCAGUUUUCCAAGACUUUUGGCAGGCAUUGUAGACACACUGUAGUGUAUCAAAUGUAUUGGAGUCAAGGUCAGUCGGUUUUUCGGGAUCUAGGAAUACUAAGGAAAUCUUCCUAAUUCUUUAAGCAAACAUAAUGGCGUCUUAUUUUGUAAAUUGUGUUGAUAAACUUUUCUCGUAAAUUCUCCUUUAUCUCUCUUUCAAGCUAAGAGUAUUAGGGUUGAUUAAGAUGUCGAAAGACUGUUUUACUUCCUUUUUGGAUUAUUAGUUGCAAUUGAAAACAAUUGUAUGUAAAUAUACACUUGUGCCGAUCGCUAAAUGUGUUUUAGAUAUUAUGUAUAAAAAGGA